UUGCCUUGCCAGCUGACGCCGACAUUGUUUCUCCAUUUUCGUUUAUUCAGUAUUUACACAUGCCGCGUAUAAAUAAAUCGCCUUUACAACAAAGCUGACAUAUUUUCGCCGAGUUUCAAAAUGUGGGUGUUCGGCUACGGUUCCUUAAUGUGGAAAGUGGAUUUCCCUUACGUGGAAAAAGUGAUUGGCUACAUCAAAGGCUACGAAAGAAGAUUUUAUCAGCACAGCACGGACCAUAGGGGCACUCCAGAGUAUCCUGGUAGAGUAGUGACGCUUAUUCCAGCACAAGAAGAUUCAAAGGUUUAUGGAAUAGCUUAUAGAAUAAACGACUGUGAUGUGGAGACUGUUAUUGCACACUUAGAUUAUCGAGAAAAGGGCGGUUACGAAAGAAAAUCGGUAAGAUUUUAUCCAAAUGACGAAUCAAUAAAACCUUUUGAUAUGACCAUCUAUCUGGCUUCGCAUGAUAACCCGAAUUAUGCAGGUCAUGCGGACCUUGAUGAUAUCGCUAGGCAAGUGGUAAAAUCGAUAGGGCCCAGUGGACCGAAUAUCGACUAUGUUUGUAAUUUGGCCAAAAUCAUGAGAGAAGUUGUACCAGGGGCAAAGGACGAUCAUCUGUUUGAUUUGGAAGCUGAAGUUAUUAAAUUGCUGAAGCAGAAUAAUAUUUUCAAAGAAAAGUUAGAUAAUUGUGAAAAGAACUAACUACCUAGGUAGUCAAAAUUACUUCUCGCAGUUCUCACCUAUAGGUACAUUUGUCAGUAUUUUUUAAUAAGUACUUUAUGUUGUAAUGGCUGCUUAAUUUAUAUCAACAAGUAAAUUAAAUAAAUGUGAUUAUUGUGAUUUAACCGAAUUAAAUAAUAAUUUAUUUUUAUUUAAAUAAAUUUAAUAUUUUUGUUGCAUAAACUUUGGUUAUACCUACUGCUACUAUUUUGUAAUUUU